UUUGCGAUCUCAGAGGCGAUAUCUUAUGCAAUUAGUUUAAAAUACAGAAAUAUCGUCAUUUUUACAGACAGUAAAAGUGCUUUGCAACAUGUAGCUCGCUGCGCCUCUGGAAACAGAGGUACAGCGAUAGCUUACACUGUGCUUGAUAAAUUGUACACUUUACCUACUGAUAUGUCUUUGAGACUUCAAUGGAUCCCCGCACACAUAGGAUUAAGUGGAAAUGAGGAGGUUGACAUUUUAGCCAAAGAAGCCUGCACAAUUGGAUCAGAAGUUUACAUUACUCCAGACUUUACAGAAAAAUUACAUACAUACAAUAAGAAAAUACGUGGGAUAUGGAAAGUACACUUUGAUGAGUGUUGUAAAGAAAAAGGUAUAUGGUACAGGACUAUGCAGUGUGAACCUCCUCAUAUUCCUUGGUUUAUGAAUGCUAGGUUAAGUAGGAAAUUAAUUAAGAUAGGAUUAAGACUUCGUUCAGGACACAUUCCUCUGAAAAAGUUCGCUUUUAUGAUGAAGAAAGUGCCAUCCCCAAACUGCGAAGCUUGCAAUGUUGUAGAGGAUGUCCAACAUGUAUUGGUGGAAUGUGUGCGGAACGAAGGUAAUAGACAAUUGUUAAUGAAGUCACUAAAUCUUAAUAGGUUAGAUGUAGGCGUAUUUCCAAGCAUUUUGGCUGCACCAAUCUCUGAAGAGGCAAAGGAGAUAUAUUUAUUUGUGUAUCAUUAUAUUAGUCAGUUUACUGUCAGGCCGUAG